AGCGAGGCUGGAGGGAGGAGUGUUUGAGUGCAUGACAGCGGGAGAGAUCAGAAGAGAGAUUGUUCCAGUGCUGGAGGUGAUCCUGCAUGGACGCAGCGCCUGAACGUGCACGGGAAAACACACUUAUUCGCAUUUUAUGACUGUUUGCUUUGGCUGCGUCUCUCUGGACCCUGUUCUGCCCUGCUGACCACAUCUCUGGAGCGAAGCAGCUCUUCUGUGCUGGAAUGAGGAAGCUCAGGAUGGACAAUCAGUCUGUCUCACAUUAAGGUGGACACCAAUAAGCAGCAUGACUCAGUGGCAUGACAUCAACACUGCUUGCUGACACGGUGCAGCAAAGGAUGCUGGGAAACACCAAGCGUUUUUUUGGCAGCGCCGAAGACAAAGAGGGCGAGGAUGAGGAGGAUGAGGAGGAGCGAUUGAAGAGAUUAAAACAAAAUGGGAUGAUCAAUAUGGGAGACAAGGAACAUCAGAACCGGACCGGACGCAAGACGGACGGAUCCAAACCGGCGGCCGUUGUGAUUGGAUGGCAGAGAGGAGAGAGACAGCCCAGGGCCGUUAACUCCGCCCAAAGAGGAAUCCCACAUUUGCCCAGUCAGCCGACUCUUUAUCAUCAGACAACCAAUCAGCCGCUGUAUCACCCGGUCUUGACCAGUCAGCAGGCCCGGCGGCGUCUCAUGGAGCGGAGCAUGACUACGGUCACACCUGUGGAAGACUCGCACCUCGCCGUGAUUGUGUUCCGCAUCGGCAUACCUGACAUCAAACAAACGAAGUGUUUGCGGUUUGAUCCCGAUUCAAGUGUUUGGAGUGCGAAGCAGCAGAUUAUUUGUUCUCUCAGCGAGUCGUUGUGGGACGUUUACAAUUACGGCCUCUUCCAGCCAGCUGGAGACGGACGAGAUGCCAAGUUCCUGGAGGAGGAGCGCUUGCUUCGAGAGUUCGGCCAGUCCCUGGAGAAGGGAGUGCCCUACCUGGAGUUCAGAUAUAAGACGCGGGUCUACAAACAGACAAACCUGGAUGAGAAACAACUAGCGAAGCUGCACACCAAGGCCAAUCUGAAGAAAUUUCUGGAUUAUGUUUAUGCUGGAGCUGUGGAGAAGUUGAGUAAAGCUCUGGAGAAAGGACUGGACCCCAACUACCAUGACACUGAGAGCGGAGAGACUCCUCUGACUCUGGCGGUUCAGGGGAAUCUGAACGUGGAAGGGAUUCGUGUUCUGGUGCUGAACGGAGCUCAUGUGGAUUUCAGAUCCAUAGACGGACUCACACCCCUCCAUAAAGCAGUCAGAGCUCAUAACCAAUCCACACUCAUGGCACUGCUGUCUUUGGGAGCUUCUCCAGAUUAUCGAGACCGCUGUGGACUUACGCCACUGUACCACUCGGUGCUGACAGGGGGCGAAACGUCCUGCUGUGAGACUCUGCUGUACUACAGAGCACGGCUGGGCAUCAGAGACGAGAACGGCUGGGACGAGUCACACCAGGCGUGUCAGCACGGAUUCGCCCAACACUUAGAACACCUUCUGUUCUAUGGGGCAGACACCACUUCCCAGAAUGCAUCAGGAAACACUGCCCUCCACAUAUGUGCCCUUUACAACAAGGAGAGCUGCGCCCGGGUCCUUCUUUACCGAGGAGCCAAUAAGGAGAUAAAGAACAAACACGGUCAAACCCCUUUCCAGGUCGCUGUGAUGUCUGGCCAUUUUGAACUUGGAGAAAUCAUCAAAAAUCACAAUAAUGGAGAUGUCGUUCCGUUUUUGGAAACCCCCAAAUACGCUCCUCUCUUUAUGGACGGUAUGUUGAAUCAAGCCAUCAUGGCUGGCCUUCAGCAUCCUCACCCGCUGCUCCGCGCCAAGAGCGAGAACACGGUGACGACGCUCAUGGACCCUGUAGUGCUGCCCGCCGCUGCCGCCAGCAUGCCACCUGCUCAGACUCAGCGCCGGGCCUCUUUCGCUUUGAGGAGCUCCAGCAGUCCCCGCGGAGCCCGAACCCGAUCCCCGUCCCGAGGGAGAGAGGGAGGCGAGACGGAGGAAAAGCAGCACAAACAACGAGGGAGGCAGGGAGGAGGUCAGAGGAAACGUCUCUACAGCGCCGUUCCGGGUCGCGUGUUUGUGGCGACGCGUUCUCGCUCCGCUCACGGUGAGCGCGAGAUCAGCCUCAGCAAAGGGGACAAGGUUAAAGUGUUGAGUGUAGGUGAAGGGGGAUUCUGGGAAGGAACAGUGAAGGGCAGAACAGGCUGGUUUCCUGCUGACUGUGUAGAAGAGGUGCUGCCCCAAACCCAGGAGCAGCACACAGAGAGCCGCAGUGAGAAGGCAAAGAGGAAACUGUUUCGUCAUUACACAGUAGGAACGUACGAUGGUCUUGAAGUGCCCAGUGACUACAUCAUAAAGGAGAAAACUGUACUUCUGCAGAAAAAAGACAAUGAAGGCUUCGGUUUUGUACUCCGAGGGGCCAAAGCCCAGACUCCUGUUGAGGAGUUCAGCCCGACUCCAGCCUUUCCUGCUCUGCAGUACCUCGAGUCUGUCGACGAAGGGGGCGUCGCGUGGAGGUCCGGCCUGCGGAUGGGGGACUUCCUGAUCGAGGUGAAUGGAAUCAAUGUGGUGAAGGUGGGUCACAGGCAGGUGGUGAACAUGAUUCGCCAGGGCGGGAACAGUCUGAUGGUGAAGGUCGUCAUGGUAGCGCGAAAUCCUGAGAUGGAGGAAAUGCCUAAGAAGAAAGUUCCCCAGCAGAGCAAGCGGCUGACCCCUCCGGCUAUAGCUCUGCGCUCCAAAUCCAUGACUUCAGAACUGGAGGAGAUGGUGGAGAAAGCUGCCUCGCCAUGGAAGAAGAAACCAGAUCAUACAGAAAGCUCUCAAGCUCCAGAAAAGAAGAAGAGCGUCUAUCAAAUGGCCCUUAAUAAGCUGGAUGAGAUUCUAGCCGCUGCUCAGCAUACAAUUAGCACAUCAGACUCUCAGGGUCACAGAGGUCACGGGGGCAAGAAGGAACGAAACAAGGGCUUUAACGCUAAUGAGCAAACUUUUGAACAAUCAGGUGUUGGCGUGAUGUCAUCAGGGCCUGGGUAUGGUUACAACCAAGCCCAGUUUUCAUCAGGCCAUUCAACUCAGCGUGCUAUCAUGAUGCGUCAGAAAUCCAUGGGAGGGACCGAGGAGGAGAGGGUACAUCUCCAUCCUCCUACUAUGAAGCUGUCUCGUAGUCUUUCUGUGCCUGGACCAGAGGACAUCCCUCCUCCACCCGACACCUCAGCGCCUGAGCCUCCCCUGUCUGCCGGUGGCCACACAGACAGGAGAGCAGCACCAACACAUUUUUAUGCUGUUCCUCCUCUGCCUCCAUCACACCACCUGCCUCAUAGCCAGACACAGCACAGGGUCCCGCCCAACCGCAGGGCUGAAACUGAUACCAGCAAGAUGGGAGGAUCAAGAAUGGGCGGCCUGAGGCGUGGCUAUAGCAAUGCCGUGCCUCCCUCUGAUGUGGGCCCCAAGCAGUCUACAGCACAGCGGAACCAAGCGCCAGCGGUGGCCAAGAUUGCAGGUCGGCAAGGUGGGAAAGGGAUGUUGGUAAAGCAGCGCAAGGUGGAGGAGACUGGCAGAGGAAAGUUGGAAAAAAGUUCCAUUUCGAUCCCAACUAUUAUUGUGAAAGCGCCUUCUACCAGCAGCUCUGGGCACAGUAGCCGUGCGAGCAGUGAGGAUACAGUGCCGUCUCCUGAGAAUAAUGAAGAGCAGGAAGAGGCAAAGCCUCAAAACCCAGUUGUGGCUCCUACGCCCGCUCCACCUCAACCACCAAAUAUCCCAUCAAAACUGGAAACACUGGGCAAGAGCAUCAUCAGGGCCUGGAAAUCCAUGGGAGGGACCGAGGAGGAGAGGGUACAUCUCCAUCCUCCUACUAUGAAGCUGUCUCGUAGUCUUUCUGUGCCUGGACCAGAGGACAUCCCUCCUCCACCCGACACCUCAGCGCCUGAGCCUCCCCUGUCUGCCGGUGGCCACACAGACAGGAGAGCAGCACCAACACAUUUUUAUGCUGUUCCUCCUCUGCCUCCAUCACACCACCUGCCUCAUAGCCAGACACAGCACAGGGUCCCGCCCAACCGCAGGGCUGAAACUGAUACCAGCAAGAUGGGAGGAUCAAGAAUGGGCGGCCUGAGGCGUGGCUAUAGCAAUGCCGUGCCUCCCUCUGAUGUGGGCCCCAAGCAGUCUACAGCACAGCGGAACCAAGCGCCAGCGGUGGCCAAGAUUGCAGGUCGGCAAGGUGGGAAAGGGAUGUUGGUAAAGCAGCGCAAGGUGGAGGAGACUGGCAGAGGAAAGUUGGAAAAAAGUUCCAUUUCGAUCCCAACUAUUAUUGUGAAAGCGCCUUCUACCAGCAGCUCUGGGCACAGUAGCCGUGCGAGCAGUGAGGAUACAGUGCCGUCUCCUGAGAAUAAUGAAGAGCAGGAAGAGGCAAAGCCUCAAAACCCAGUUGUGGCUCCUACGCCCGCUCCACCUCAACCACCAAAUAUCCCAUCAAAACUGGAAACACUGGGCAAGAGCAAAGCACAGCGGGAACGUGAAUGCUACCGUGACUCCCGUCGGAGAAGCACCUCAUUCUAUUACUCCUCUGAGGAGGACAUGUUAGAUGAGCAGGAGUCUGCUCAGACUUCAUUGGAGGCCAAUACCUCCGCUCGUUUACGCCCUUCUAAAUCUAUUGAUGAGGGAUUGAUCUCCGGUGAUGCCUUAAGCAUGCCACCUGCGUUUGGGUUGCCACAGUACGCAUCAGCUACACCUCAUCAAGCCACUACCUUCAUCCACCCAUUGACGGGGAAGGUUCUAGACCCAACAAGCCCACUUGGACUCGCACUGGCUGCACGCGAGCGAGCGCUGAAAGACGACCACCGUAAUCGUAGAGAGGAACGCCACUUUGGUCGGCAGCUGUCCAGCACCGGAGCUUUUCCUUCUGCGGUCUCCCCUACAAGCCAAAAACAUGUUCCUCCAUUCUACAUCUACCAAUCACACACCUCACUCUACCUUGGUGGUGCCUCUCCAACAACAAGUGGGCCAGUCCCACAGAGUCGCCCCCAGUCUCCUCGGAUGCUUCGAUUAAGUGGUGGUGGGACGGGGAGCUUGGAAUGGAGUGAACAGAAUAUUGUGGAUAGAGAGGAAAGAGCAGCACCAAAGGUGCGGUUUACAGACAAUCAAGCCAGUCAGUACCAGUCUCACCUUCAGGACAGAGACAACAGAGCCAAUCAGUACCACACUUACAUGCGGGACCGAGAAAGGGAAGGGCACAAGAGGAUACCGCCCAAGCCUCCUCCCCGCAGGCCUUCCUUUAUAGGCAAGGAGAGCGAACUCGGCACGGCUGACAAAAGUUCCACCAGUAAUUCCCAGGAUGACAGGGGAGGACAGAAGAUGGGAGAGAGUGGGAUGGAAAAGGAGGGAGAGAAGGAUACAAAGAGAGGGGGAAAUCUAGGGGUUGGAGAGGGUGGCGAUGUGAUGGUGCUUCCACCCCCUACUCCAUCUGUGGAUGUGGACGAUGAGUUCGUGUUUGCAGAGCCCCUACCUCCCCCUAUACAGUUUGCAAAUGGAAUAGAAAUAGACACCCAUGGAACAACAGAAUAUAAUCAACAACAGCAACAGAAGGAGCUGUCAGGAUCUCAACCACCCAAGGAGCAACAGUCUCUGCAAACGCUUUCCAAACCCCCGCAAGAUGCCAUGUCCCUACUGGACAACAUGCAAGCUGACUCACAGCAGACACCCGUCCAUCCUUCUGCUGUGGUACAUCCAUUUCUUUUCCCACCAUCUCCUCUAAUCCCCACUCCACAGCUGUGUCCCAAAAUACCUCCCGCAAACCCACCCCAGUCCCAACCCUCAAGCUAUUCUCAGCACCCACACAACAGCCAACCCCAACCUUUACCCUCGCCACAAGCGGGAGAUUCUGCUGCUUCUAGUCUUACAUCUUAUGACAGUGAGGUGGCCAAUCUGACCCAGUCAGCUCUCUCCCCAUCUCUUCCUUCUCCUCAGAUAUUCCCUUCAUCGAGUUCCCCUUCCGCCCCAAACGCCUCAUCUCACCCUAUGUCAUUGCAUCGGCCUCUCCCACUUUUCUACCCGCAACAAGGCCACGCUAACAUUUCUAUGUCAUAUUCUACUGUGGCUGCAACUGCAGCUGUAAUGACUGUCACCACAACAAUGCCUUUGGAAAGUGCAUCUUCCUUUAUAGGCAAGGAGAGUGAACUCGGCACGGCUGACAAAAGUUCCACCAGUAAUUCCCAGGAUGACAGGGGAGGACAGAAGAUGGGAGAGAGUGGGAUGGAAAAGGAGGGAGAGAAGGAUACAAAGAGAGGGGGAAAUCUAGGGGUUGGAGAGGGUGGCGAUGUGAUGGUGCUUCCACCCCCUACUCCAUCUGUGGAUGUGGACGAUGAGUUCGUGUUUGCAGAGCCCCUACCUCCCCCUAUACAGUUUGCAAAUGGAAUAGAAAUAGACACCCAUGGAACAACAGAAUAUAAUCAACAACAGCAACAGAAGGAGCUGUCAGGAUCUCAACCACCCAAGGAGCAACAGUCUCUGCAAACGCUUUCCAAACCCCCGCAAGAUGCCAUGUCCCUACUGGACAACAUGCAAGCUGACUCACAGCAGACACCCGUCCAUCCUUCUGCUGUGGUACAUCCAUUUCUUUUCCCACCAUCUCCUCUAAUCCCCACUCCACAGCUGUGUCCCAAAAUACCUCCCGCAAACCCACCCCAGUCCCAACCCUCAAGCUAUUCUCAGCACCCACACAACAGCCAACCCCAACCUUUACCCUCGCCACAAGCGGGAGAUUCUGCUGCUUCUAGUCUUACAUCUUAUGACAGUGAGGUGGCCAAUCUGACCCAGUCAGCUCUCUCCCCAUCUCUUCCUUCUCCUCAGAUAUUCCCUUCAUCGAGUUCCCCUUCCGCCCCAAACGCCUCAUCUCACCCUAUGUCAUUGCAUCGGCCUCUCCCACUUUUCUACCCGCAACAAGGCCACGCUAACAUUUCUAUGUCAUAUUCUACUGUGGCUGCAACUGCAGCUGUAAUGACUGUCACCACAACAAUGCCUUUGGAAAGUGCAUCAGUUAUCGCAGGUGAACGAAUUCCUCCAGCUCUUAAGGGGCGUGAUUGGUCGGAGGCUGUGGUUGAUUCUGGGAUUGAGGAACUGGAUAGUCACAGCAGCAGUGAUCACCACAUGGAAAACUUCGGAGAAAGAAGGGAACUAGAAGGAGGCCGAGAGAAGGAGAGGGGAGGAAGAUGGGGAGAAAGCAUGGAGAGUGGGAUAGUAGGGGAUGGAUUCAAAGGAGACCAAAGAGUGUCCCUGGAUUCGUCUCUUUCUCACCCCGAUAAAUUAGCUCAAAAAACACACAAACCGCCCAUGCAUAAAUCCAAACCUCCAAACCCGCCACUCGCAAAAACACACAUUCAAAAUAUGUCAAAAUAUCAUGCGCACACAGAAAAUGGACAAACCGGACCACUGCUACAGCGGCAGGCUAGCACCGCUCCCAACAUGUACAGGUCAAGGGAAGAGGAAGAGCAAGAACAGGGAAGAGGAGGUGAAGCUGCUGUAAAGAUUCCAGCAUUUAUGGAUCGUCGUCUGAACUCUCCUCUCUCCAAUGUUAAGGCCAGCAUCAUAAAUGAACUCAGCAGUAAACUACAACAGCUUGGUGGCUGGCAGGGUCAGGCACCACCGUCAAAUCAUAGGUUUCCAGGUGAUCCCUCUGGCUGUGCACCUCUCCUCCCUGCUUCUGUGCCGUCUCUCCAACGCCCCUUCUCUCCAAACCUUCCCCCUAACUCUUUAACAUCUAACUGCCCCUCUGUUGCUCUGAACCGUAACCCUGUACCUUCGUCUCCUCUUCCUGUAACAUCUCCAACCCCAGCCUUAACCCCGACCCCAUUACCUCUCACCCCAAUCCCAGCUCCACCUCCUCUCAAAGACUGGACGCCAUCUAAUUCUCCUAUUUCUUUUCCUCAUGGGAUUUUGUCUCCUCCGUCGCUGCCCCAUGCCCCCCUCUCUCCUCUUUCCCUGGCUCAUGCACCCCUCUCUCCUCCAUCAUUACCUCAUCCUCCCAUUUCCCCAAUAUCUCUCUCUCAUGCACCUCUCUCUCCUUCCUCUGUCUCUCUUACACCACUUUCUCCAUCCUAUUCCCCCUAUCCCUUGUCUCCAAAACAUCGCUCUAAGUAUCGCGGUAAAGCUUCCGAGUUUCAGUUCUCUGGACCAGAACUACGCCGUUCCGAAUCUCAUUCGUACACUCAGCGUCGCCGAGUGCCCAGUCCCCUCAUCUCCUGCUCGGACCACCCGCAACCUGGACCUCCACGUCCAUCCUCGCUCCCUCUCUUUCUGUCUACGCCGCUCUACAGCUCUCCGUACGAAAUACAACCUCCUUUAACGCCCCCAUUUGGAGUCGCCCACCAAUAUUCAGACCAGUUUUUCUCACAAACUUCUCCUCUCUUCCCACUCCCGUCACCUGUGGCUCCUCCUAACCCCGUUCUGGUCUCCAGCUCUCUCUCUCCUACCAAUUUCCUGUCUGGAGGCUCCUCCCCAUCUUGUAUGAGCUACCCGCCCUUAACUCCUCCUUCGCCCAAUCAGCCUUUUGUGUCUAAGCCCCUCCCCUACUGGAGCAAAUAUGAUGUUGCUGAUUGGCUGACUUACCUGAAUCUGGCAGAGCACCGGGACCGUUUUCUUGACAACGAGAUUGAUGGCUCCCACCUGCCAUCUCUGACAAAAGAGGACUUCCUAGAUCUGGGUGUGAGUCGGGUCGGACAUCGUAUGAACAUUGAGCGUGCGCUUAAGAGACUUACGGACAGGCUCUCCUCUGCUUUCUCUGUCUCCACUGUUUCUUCUGAAGGGCAGAACGAACGCAUGAGAGAUGAGGCGACUCAGAGCUAGAGGAGAGAAUUAGAGAGAACCAGUUAGAGGAUAGAAAGAAAGAAAGAAUAGGGUUAGACAAAAAGCACUUGGGAUGAAAGGGA